CCCAUAUUCUCUCCGUACCCCUUUGAUGAUGUGGUCUUUUCUUUUGUGUCACGUCUCUGACCUCAGCAUGUUCGUUUCUCUCGCCUUAAUCCCUCUCCUGUUGGCGCCAGGGUAUAUGAGGGAGGGGUGCACCCGGGCCGCACACAUUCUUUGAGUGAGGCUCAGCGUAAGCAUCAGCAAUCAUGUCUAGUGACAAAUCCAAAUCCUCGUCCCAGACUGAUGGGAAGGCCGCGCAGAGCAAGAAGUCAGAGAUCAGUCUGACUUCCUACAAGAUGUUGGUGUUUGACCAGGAGAACUUCCAGGGCCGCAUGAUCGAGAUCAGCAGUGAGGUGUUGAACAUCUGCGACCUGGGCAUGGAACGUGUGCGCUCCCUCCGUGUCGAAAGCGGCCCCUUCGUGGGCUUUGAGCAGAUAAACCUCUGUGGUGAGAUGUACGUCUUGGAGAAGGGCGAGUAUCCUCGCUGGGAUUCCUGGAGCAACUGUCAGAAGAAUGACUACCUACUGUCCUUCAGGCCUGUUGGAAUGGACCCCGAUAAACACAAGAUCUGCCUGCACGAGUUGGGAGAGUUCAAGGGCCGCAAGAUGGAGAUUAUGGAUGAUGACGUCCCCAGUCUGUUCUCUUAUGGUUUCACUGACAGAGUUGGCAGCAUCAUCGUCAGCUGCGGAACCCUUGUGGGAUAUCAGUUCCCUGGCUACCGUGGUAGCCAGUACCUGCUGGAGAAGGGCGAAUACAAGCACUUUAACGAGUACGGCGCCCGCACCCCUCAGCUGCAGUCCGUGCGCCGUAUCCGCGACAUGCAGUGGCACCAACAAGGCUGCUACACCUUGGCCAGCAACUCUGAUCUGAAGAAGGAACAAGACACAUUGCCCUUUUACACAAGAUUUGUGGUUCAAGGGAAUCUGAGUCUUUAGCACUUCCUGCUCUGGCCCCUGUGCAUUGCACACACACAUACUCUGCUGUACAGAAUCCUGGCCGAGUUUUCAAUAAAAGCAAUGUUGUUUCAGAAA